AUGUCGCACAACUACGAUCAGUACGGCGGCAACCCGUAUGGCCAGGCCGAGGCUGGAUACGGCGGUCAAUCAAACCCAUAUGGAGGCACCGGCUACGGCUCAUCCAACCCCUAUGGCGGAGGACAGUAUGACGAGCCGCAACAACAGCUCAACCCUCCCGCGCCGCUCCAACGCCAUGGCGAGUCCAACUACUCGCAGCCGUCGCAAUAUUCGCAAGCCGGUGCGCUGAGCCAGCCCAACACGCAGCAGCAGAAUGUUCCUCACACCGACGUGCCAAUGAACAAUGGCGGUGUCUACGGCGCAAACCCCGGCAUGGAGGCGCCAGGACCACAGCCUCUCAAUCGCGAUGACUUCUUCGCGCGCAUCGAAGGCGCAAAGGGUCGCAUCGGCCAGCUCACCUCGGACAUCCAAGCCAUCGCGAGCGUCCACCAGCGCAUGCUGUCAUCGCCCGAUAACCGCUCCACCGCCGAACUCGAGAGCAUCGUAACCACCACUCAGAUCAGGAACACGCAAAUCAAGGACGAGAUCAAGUUUCUGGAGAGAGAUGCCGUCCGCGACCCCAACGACAAGAUGAAGAGGACGCAGGUUGAGGCGCUGAAGAAGCAGUUCAAGACGCAGCUGGAGGACUUCCAGAAAGAGGAGGCAGAGUACUCUAGGAGGUAUCGUGAGGCUGUCGGGCGCCAGUACCGCAUCAUCAACCCGGAUGCGACGGAUGCCGAGGUCAACGAGAUCGCAAACUCGGACCUAGGCGACGAGGGUAUCUUCACACAAGCUCUCAAAUCCAACCGCAGUGGCCAAGCUUCAAGUGUUCUUGGCGCCGUCCGCGCCCGUCACAACGACAUCCAGCGCAUCGAGAAGACCAUGGGCGAGCUUGCCCUUCUCUUCACCCAGCUCAACGAGCAGGUCGUCUACCAAGAGCCCAUCAUCCAACGGACCGAGGAGCAAACUGUGCAGGUCAAGGACGACACCGAGAAUGCGAACAAGCAGUUGGACGAGGGAAUCAAGUCCGCUAGGCGCGCGAGAAGGCUCAAGUGGUGGAUCCUCUUGACAGUCGUCCUGAUUCUGUGCGUUAUUGCGCUGGUACUUGGAUUGUACUUUGGAUUGAAGAACAAAUAG